AUGACAGCUCAUGAUGUCAGACCUAAGUCUAAGACAUCUAACCGACAGGAAACUGUUCGUGUCAUAGUGAGAUGUCGUCCCUUAAGUACAACGGAAAUAUCGCAAGGUCAUAGCAGCAUUGUUAGCCUUUAUCCUGAAAGGGGCUUGAUCGAGCUAAAGAAUCCCUCACAACCUGAUGAACUUAGCAAAGAUUUUACAUUUGAUGCCAUAUAUGGAGCAAGCUCCAAGCAAAAAGAUCUCUAUGAUGAAACUUUCCGCGAUUUAGUAGACUCAGUUUUGAAUGGAUUUAAUGGGACAAUAUUUGCUUACGGUCAAACUGGAACUGGUAAAACUUAUACCAUGGAAGGAAAAGCUAGUAUUCAGGAUGAACGAGGAGUGAUAUAUAACUGUUUUGAUCAUAUUUUUCAACAUAUAUCCCAGUCUAGAAAUCAGAAGUACUUAGUACGGGCCAGUUAUUUAGAGAUUUAUCAAGAAGAAAUACGGGAUUUGCUGGAUAAAGACGGCAAAAAAUUGGAGUUGAAAGAACGCCCUGAUGUUGGAGUUUAUGUGAAAGAUCUAUCAUCGUCAGUCACCAAAUCAGUGGAAGAGUUGAAAAGUGUGAUGCUUGUUGGAAAUGCAAAUCGUUCUGUUGGUCGAACAAAUAUGAAUGAGCACUCGAGUAGAUCUCACGCUAUUUUUAUGGUCACCAUUGAAUGUUGUGAGGUUGGCAUUGAUGGAGAAAACCAUAUAAGAGUGGGACGUCUGAAUCUUGUUGAUCUCGCAGGUAGUGAAAGACAAGCUAAGACAGGAGCAUCAGGAGAGAGAUUCAAAGAAGCGACUAAGAUUAAUCUAUCCCUUUCUGCCCUGGGAAACGUAAUCUCUUCCUUAGUUGAUGGCAAGAGUUCGCAUAUUCCGUAUCGUGAUAGUAAACUUACAAGACUCUUACAAGACUCAUUGGGGGGUAACUCUAAAACGGUGAUGGUUGCUUGCAUCGGACCUGCAUCAUACAACUACGAAGAAACAUUAGGAACUUUACGAUAUGCUAACAGAGCUAAGAAUAUCAAGAACAAACCAAGAAUCAAUGAAGAUCCUAAAGAUGCAUUACUAAGAGAAUUCCAAGAUGAAAUUAAUAGACUAAGAGCAAUGCUCACAGCCAAGAAAGGCACUAAAGGAACGGACGGUGCUCGUGGUGACGAAUACUAUAAUGAACAGCAUAGGAACCUCGAAGCAGAUAAACGAAAAAUUCUUUCUGACGAUUCCAUUGUUAAGGAGGAAAGAAAGCGGAUUUUGGAGGCCCUGGAUAAAAGAUCGAGAGAACUCAAUGCCGAAAAAGAUUCCCAAGCCAAAAUGUCAGAGAAAAUCAAAGCGAUGGAGAGCAAACUUCUUGGUGGCACAAACUUACUUGAUCACACACGAGAACAAGAAUCACUAUUAGAACAUCAAAGAAAAGAGUUGGCGGAUCAAAAGAGAAAAGAGCGGGAGAUUCUCGAGAUCUUAGAGCAGCAAGAUGAAGGAACAGCCGAAAUUCACCAAACUUUUACAAAUCUUCAACAAGAAGUUGAUGCAAAGACUAAAAAGUUGAACAAAUUUAAGUUGAAGUUGCGAAAAUUGCGUAAUGAAAUUCACGACACUGCCAUUGCUCAUUCUCAAGAAAGACAAGAACUAGAGCGUGAUGUUUCCGAAAUUAACAAAGAAUUAAAAUUAAAACUUUUGAUUGUUGACAACUUCGUUCCAAACGACGUGAGGCAGCGUGUUAAGGAGUUAGCAGUUUGGUCAGAGGAAGACUCCAUCUGGAAUUUGCCUGGAGCCCGCCCUCUUUCCGGUACUUCAAGACCCUCAACUUCGGAUGCUAAGGGAAAUAUUCUAGUUGUCGAUGGUCAAGGAGUAUUUACCCGCUCAACUGGUAACGAUUCUGGAGUAGGAAGCAAUACUUCUAGCUCUUCAGUAUCGAAAGACGAUUAUUUAGACAGAAGACCGGUUUCUAUACCGGGGCUUCGGCGGCCUAUGUCUUCUUAUGAAAAGUUGAUGGUUGAGCAAGCUCGUGAGCAAAUGUCUGGCCAAAGACGGCCUUUCAUAAACAGUAACCAUCCAGUAGAACCAAAGUUGAAUGAAGAUAUUAUUCGUUUUUGUGGCGAAAACGUUUUAGUGUUCUCUAGCUUAGAGAGAUUAUAUCCGAACGUUAUGGAUUACUAUGAAGAUUCAUCUAACGCUUUGGGAGCCACACCUAUUUUAGAGAGUAAUGUUGUUAUUGAUGCUUCUAAGAGUAGUCCUAGUCAUUUUUCUCGACUUCGUUCCCCAUCCGUUGAUUCUAGAUCUCGCUCAAAAAACGGCGACGCCCGCAACGCGCUUCCCAAAACACAUGCCUCUAUGUAUCCAAAAGCAAGAGGUCUCGUGUAA